CAGUUAAUAACUAAACGUAAACGAAAUAGGACGAAUAUACGCAAGUGAAAGUUAUGGGCCAUUAUACGAACGGUGUAGCGAUGAAAUCAAAAAAUUUAUUGGACUUAACGGCCGAAGAGAAGCAAGCAUUCUUGGACUCAUUUGAUAUUGUUCUAUCCGAUUGUGAUGGUGUGUUGUGGACCCUUUCAGCGCCCAUUGCAAAUUCCGGUGAAGCCAUAAAUCUAUUGAAAGCGGCAGGAAAAUCCUUUAAAUUUGUGUCCAAUAAUGAUGGUAUCCGAACCGAUGAAGAUUACAUAGAGAAGGUUAAAAAAAUUGGAGCCAAAGAUAUAGAAGCGAAUGACUUUAUUUUACCCUAUAAAGCAUUGGCCAGAUUUAUGAAAACCAAACACCCCGCUGAGACAUGUUAUUGUACUGGAUCCGAGAUAUUUUCCAAUUCACUUCGGAAGACUGGAGUCGAGGUUGUUAAUGUGACACCCCGUCUUGACAUCAAACCCGCAGAAUUUCGUUAUCUCAAGCCGAUAAAAGAGGCCAAAAUUUUCGUAGUUGACGUCCAUGUUAAUAUGACAUUGGCGGAGUUUGCUUUGAUUCACCAAUAUUUGUUAAAGUAAGAUUGUAGCGUUUACAUUAAUGCCGUCGAUGAUCGUGUGCCCAUAAUGGAGGAUUUGGUCAUUGUGGGCCCGGGGCUAUUUACCAAGGCCAUAACAGAAUUGAGUAACAAAGAUAUGCAGGUGUUCGGUAAACCAAGUAAAUUUUUUGCUGAUUACAUGUCCGAGGAAUUUCAAAUCAAAGAUCGUAAAAGAGGUAUUUUUGUGGGUGAAAAUUUAGAUGCUGAUAUAUUGUUUGCUGCGCGGCAUGGUUUCCAAUCGCUGUUCGUUUUAAGUGGAACUCACAACAAGGAAGAUAUGGGCUUGCUGCCAGUAGAGAAACAACCAGAUUAUUACUGCAAUAGUUUGGGAGACUUUGUAGAGUUUUUUGAAAGUUUGAAAAAUGGAGAUAAAUAAACGUAUAUUUAUACUC